CCAUCAAAGACAUAAAAAGGGUUUUUCUCUCUCAGCCUCACCUCUCUUCCCCCCCCCUCCCCUUUCUUUUCUCUUUGCURCAGCGAAGAGAGGUAGAGAGAUAGAGAGAGAGACGCAACACCUCUCUCUCAUUAAAACUCCCAUCAUUCUUUCUCUCUCUCCUAUCUUUCUCCAAACAAAUUUUCCAUCUCGCCACUGCGAUUCGGCGUCGGCGUCUCUCGUCGUCGGUUAUUUGUAUAAAUAUACAUAUAGUCUCCAUAGCGUCGUUCCCUUUGGUCGGACGGCGGCGAUUCACCAGACCCAGAGUGAAAGAGUGAGUUAUGCAGCAGGCAGAUCAGACGGUCAUUAGCUUGAGGCCUGGUGGUGGAGGCAACCGAGGCAGCAGAAUCCUUGCCCCUCGCUUCGACUCUGCUUUUGGCAAUUCCGGCGCUGGCGGUGUUGGUGGUUCUUCGGUGAUCUCGACUUCGUCUUCCUCCGAUCUUCAGUUCCUACGUCCCCAUGGCGGUGCCCAUCCCACUUCGUCCAUCAAGAUUGGUGACUCACGGUUUGAGGGUCGUGAGCGUGUUCGUUACACUCGAGAUCAGUUGUUACAGCUUAGAGAGGUUGUUGAUGUCCCUGAAGAUAUCUUAAAAAUCAAACAAGAUAUUGAUGCUGAGUUUUUGGGUGAAGACCAGAACUGGAUUCGUGGAGAUACUAAUGUGCAACCUCAGUCCCAAAGUCGUUAUUCUGAGCCAGACAACCGUGACUGGCGUGGCCGAUCAGCACAAUUACCUAGCCCUGGAGAAGAGAGAUCCUGGGAAACUCUUCGAGACAAUAAAGAGCAUGUAAGUCGGGUAGAGUCAAGACAGCAGGAUCAAUAUAAUCGCCAAGAUCAACUAAACACUCAGUUUGCAAGGACUCAGCUUUCAACCAACCAAGGGGGGGCGGGACCUGCUCCUGCUCUUAUCAAGGCUGAGGUGCCAUGGUCAGCUCGUAGAGGGAACCUCACUGAGAAAGAACGUGUCUUGAAGACUGUGAAAGGCAUACUGAAUAAACUGACACCAGAGAAGUUUGAUGUUCUCAAGGGCCAGCUUAUUGACUCUGGAAUCACAACUCCAGAUAUCUUAAAGGACGUCAUUUCUUUGAUAUUUGAUAAGGCUGUGCUGGAACCCACCUUCUGUCCUAUGUAUGCUCUUCUUUGUUCUGAUCUGAAUGAAAAGCUUCCACCAUUCCCUUCUGAAGAACCUGGUGGGAAAGAAAUCACGUUCAAGCGUAUUCUCUUAAAUAAUUGCCAAGAGGCGUUUGAAGGUGCUGACAAUCUUAGGGCAGAAAUUAGGCAGAUGACUGCCCCUGAGCAAGAGUUGGAACGCAGGGAUAAAGAAAGAAUGGUGAAGUUGCGUACCCUUGGAAAUAUUCGACUUAUUGGUGAACUUCUGAAGCAGAAGAUGGUGCCUGAAAAAAUUGUUCAUCACAUUGUUCAGGAGCUUUUGGGACAUGAUGGUAAGACUUGCCCAGACGAGGAGAAUGUUGAGGCUAUUUGUCAUUUCUUCAAUACCAUUGGUAAGCAGCUGGGUGAAAACCAGAGAUCCCGCCAUAUCAUUGAUAUGUACUUCAACAAAUUGAAGGAGCUAACAACAAAUCCACAGUUGGCACCACGGCUGAGGUUCAUGAUUCGUGAUGUUCUGGACCUGCGGGCCAAUAACUGGGUUCCAAGGCGUGAAGAGGUGAAGGCCAAGACCAUUAAUGAGAUCCAUUCAGAGGCAGAGAAGAAUCUUGGGCUGCGCCCUGGUGCCACUGCAACCAUGAGAAAUGGACGUAGUGCUGGUGCUUUAGGAGGUGUUGGCCCUGGAGGCUUCCGACCUGGCUCUGGGGGAAUGAUGCCUGGAAUGCCUGGAACCAGGAAGAUGCCAGGUAUGCCAGGGCUUGAGAAUGAUAAUUGGGAGGUUCCUCGUAACAGAUCAAUGCCAAAGGGAGAUGGUUUAACUAUGCAGCCUGCUGGACGCAUCCAAUCUCCCCUCGUCAGCAAAUCAAUGUCCCUCAACUCAAAGCUGUUGCCGCAGGGUAGUGGUGGUCUGAUGACUGGUAAGAAUAGUGCAUUAUUGCAAGGUAGUGCUUCUUUUGCACGUCCAUCCAAUCUAGUUUCAGCCACGGACUCUGUAGCUGCAAGGCCUGUAGUUUCAGCAUCACCUACCCUUCCUGUUCCUGAACGGCCAGCUGCUUCUGUUACAAGAUCAAACCCAGCUGGUCUUCAGAAGAAAACAAUCUCUCUUUUGGAUGAGUACUUUGAGAUACGUGACUUAGAAGAAGCACUGAGGUGUGUGGAGGAGCUGAAAGACCCUGGGUACUAUCCAGAGGUAGUCAAGGAGUCAAUCUCCCGGUCCCUGGACAGGAAGACCCCUUGCCCAGAUUUAGCUGUGAAGCUCCUUGAGUUCUUAUUUGCCAAGAAGCUUCUUUCGGCUAGAGACAUUGGGACUGGCUGUCUUCUCUAUGCAUCAAUGUUGGAUGACAUUGCAAUUGAUCUACCCAAAGCACCAAGCUACUUUGGAGAUGUUAUGGCUAAAUUAGUUUUGUCUGGGGCUAUAGAUUUCAAGGUAAUCAUGGAGGCUCUGAAGAAAGUGGAGGAUUCCUAUUUCCGGGAACUCAUCUUCAAUGCUGCUAUGAAUAGCGUCAGUUCUGACCCUUCAGGGAAGACGGUGUUGAGCGUGCAAGGAGCUGAGAUCCAAGCUUGCCAGAACCUGCUUUCCUGAUCGAGCCAAACCCAUUCUUAGGAGGUAGUUUUUUUUCCUUUUCAACUCGUGUAACCAGGGAAAACAAACAUUCAUGUUCCUUUUUCUCUUGGUUUUUGUCUUUCCACCUUUUACCCCCCUCUUUGAGGCGAGCAACUUGUGUUACUACAAUUUGUGACAAGUAAACAGAUAAUUUUAUUGAGUUGUAUAUUUUCCGAGGUCA